AUGAAUUAUCAUUUAAAUAUUGCUCAGUAUCCAACUCUUAUAUUAGCUAAAAUAGUGGCUGAUUUACUAAAUUCAGUUAUUGAAGCCAAUGAUAAACUUAUCAAUAAUACAACAAUAUUAACUCGAUUUCAUUCUCGUGCUGCAACUAAUAUGGAUAUCUAUUCAUAUAUUUUACGUAUAUUGAAAUACACUCCCUUUACGAAUGAAGUCUUAAUUUAUUUACUAAUCUAUUUCGAUCGUAUUUCAAAUGAUAAAAAUUAUAUAUUAAGUUCUUCAACUGUACAUAGAUUAUUAAUAACAAGUAUUAUUAUUGCUACCAAGUUUACCUCAGAUAUAUUUUAUCCAAACAUUAGAUAUGCAAAAGUGGGAGGUAUUCGAUUAGAUGAGUUGAAUCAAUUAGAAUUGGAUUUUCUCUUUUUGUGUGAUUUUAAUCUAUAUAUUAAACUGGAAGAAGUACAAGCUUAUGGAAAUCAACUAUUAGCACAUGCAAUUAAAAAACAGCAGAGAAAUCGUAGUAUGAUAUCACCUUCGACUACAACAAUAGACGCAUCUCAUACUACUCUAUCUUCUUCAUCCUCUCGAAAAAGGAUGAGAGGUGGUAAUAAGAAUGAUGAUCAUGAUCAUGAUUCAAUGCCAAUAAAAAUAAUGAAAAAGCGUUCAGAGUUAGCAUUGAUAUCAAUUUCAUCAAUGACAGCAUCUACUAUAGAAAAUAUCAAAACGACAGAAUCUACUGCAUCUGUAUUGUAUAUAGUAUAA